AUGCAGUGUAAAACAUCAGGCAAGCAUNCUCUUCAGCCAACAACGACUCAUCAUUUUGAUCCAAUUCAAUUACGCCGGAAACAAUGUUCUUCGACACUAAUCGAUGAAGAUCUGCCAAUCUUAUCCAAUCCUAAUUUUCUCUCACCAUCGUCAUCGUCUUCCGGUUUUCGAAGUGACUCUCAUUCGUCAAGUAAUCCAACAUCACCAGCGAUUGAUGAAACAGAACAUGUCAACAAACGCGCGAAUAUCAUCAAAGAAAUCUACAGGACAGAGUCAGAUUAUAUCGGACAUUUGAAAAAUUUAGUCGACGGUUAUUUAAACAAGAUGCGUUUACAUACGGACUUAUUCUGUGACAAACAAAUUGAAUUAUUAAUGGGGAAUAUUGAAGAAAUCUACACAUUCCAACAAUCUUUUUUUCAAUUAUUAAAAUUAUCAAUCAACGAUCUUCAUCCACAUGAGAGUCUGAUUGGCAAAUGUUUUCUUCUUUACAAGGAGCAAUUUAAGAAAUAUUCGAAAUAUUGCAUCAACCAUCCCUUAUCUUGUUUAGAGUUGACUAAACUCGAAAACAGUCCAAUCCAUCGAAACUUUUUCGAAACAUGUCGAUUGCAAGCUAAUAUGAUUGAAUUGAAGCUAGAUGGAUUUCUUCUCACUCCGAUUCAGCGCAUCUGUCAGUAUCCACUACAGUUAAAUGAAUUGUUGAAGUGCACAUCAGCCGACCAUAAAGAUUAUCACAAUGUUCAACAAGCAUUGGAUACAAUGCGCGAUGUGGCGAGUUUUAUUAACGAACAAAAACGACGUAUGGAAUACGUGGAAAUCAUUCAUAAAUGGCAAAAUACAGUCGAAGGUUGGCAGGGAAAAGAUCUUCUUGAAACGAGCACACAAGGUCUCGGGCGUGCUGAUGCAUUUUUGUAUCAAAAUGAAAAGAGAGAAUCUGUGAUUUUGUUUCUUUUUGAUCACAUACUGAUCAUUUGUAAAAAGGAUCGACGGAAUACAUUGGUUUAUCUUGAUAGAGCUGAAUUAGACAAUGCGGAAAUAGAAGAUCUUACUGAUAGAAAAGAUGAUGAGAAUGUCGGAUAUAUAUCAUGUGCUUGGCGUUUAUACGAUCGAAUACAGAACAAAACAUUUUUAUUCGCUCAUCGUACACCGUUGGAUAAAAUUCAAAUGAUGGAUUCAUUGGAAUACGAACGAGCUUACGUCGAAGAAAAUCUCGUGAAAGGUUUAGAAAUUCCACUCUACACACGGUUAGCAACACUUAAAACUCGACAAUAUCUCAAUGAGAAUCAGUUCACAGUCAAAUCUUUAUCACCGGCGACAAAGCAAAAUCGCUCAAUUUCUGCUAUUCUUCGAACAAGUAGUUCGCCAGGUAGUAAUUUAUCAUCAUUGCUAACAACCGCUAUCGAUCAUACGCCUUUACCUCGACGCAAAUCAUCGUUGCCAAGAUUUGUGCGUUGUUCAUCACCAGACUCGUCGAUCGAUGACAGUUUUCGUUCCAUGAAGUCACGUUUUCGAUUUUGGUGA